AUGGCUGACGGGGCCCGCAGCCCGCUGCCGUUUCCCUCGCCCUCAGCCAUAUUAGGAGACAACGCCCCGACGACACCCCCCGCCGCCGCAAGAGCAGGAGCAGGAGACGCCAAAGCGUCGUCCUCAGCAUCGGCUAACAAGAAGGACAAACACCAUACCCGCCGUCCUAGCAAGGACACGGCGAAGAAGAUCGCAGCGCCCCGCAAGGCCGCGUCGGCGAUAGAGAACAAGGAUGCCACCACUGCCGCUGCUGCUGCUCCCGCCAACAGCAACACCAGCAGUGGUAAUGGCAAUGCGGCGGCUGCCAGGCCAAAGCAAACCAAGAGUCGCAAUGGAUGCCUCACCUGCAAAGCGAAGCGGUUGAAGUGCGGCGAGGAGAAGCCCGGCUGCCUGAACUGCGCGAAGAGAAACGUGACGUGCGGCGGAUACAAGAAAGUGUUUCAAUGGCGCGACUACGGACAACCGAUGAUCAAGACGAAUUUGGCCGGCAACAAGCAGGGCUUGCCGCCCGCACUACCCGAGGCGAGCAAGUCGACAGGUUCUAUACCAGACGCUCCCCCUCCCCCUCCACUUCAAGUACAGAAGCAGGGCUCUCGUACGGCAUCACCGCACAAGGGCAACAGUCCGCCCCAAGACAGUGCCUUCACCACCCCUGAAGAGGAACAUCCUGAACCAGCACCACCUCCUGAUAGGAAGGAUUCCACCACUGAUGAAUUCGCCAGCGUCAACUUCGAUGCUCAGAAUGCCUUCGCCUACCGCUCUCGCUCGCUUUCACCAGGCCUACUUACUGGACGGACUCCAACCGUGACAGAGUGCCUGGAAUCCGACCCCUUCAAGGUCAUCGACAACCAACAGGACUUUGUGCCUUUCUCCCUACCCGAGGACAUGCAUCUGCCACUUUGGUCAGCAGGUCCCCACGAGCCUGAUCUUCUUCAGGCGGGGAUUCUUGGGGACGAUUUCCUGGUGGAACAGCUUCAAGCAGAGCACAGCCACAUGAUGGGUAUCAACACUCCCACUUCGUUCGAUUCUGGAUCGCUGGAUGAUCACGCCCUUUUCAAUGGCAUGGGUCCCAUGCCUCAAUUCUUCAUGUCGCCUGAUUUGGCCAUGGGCAGCCCAGAGUCACUGGCGACUCGUUUUGAUAGAAUGACUUGUGGCAUCUUGUCCAUCAUGGACGGCCCGACUGAGAACCCAUGGCGGACGUUGAUCUGGCCAAUGGCGCAAUCAUCACCAGCGCUGUUCCACGCAGUGUUGGCGAUGACAGCUUUCCAUUCAGCUCACGACAACCCUACUUUCCGCCUCAUUGGGCAAGAGCACAAGAUGCUCAGCAUCAGGAACAUACAGGAGGGGAUUAGAGACAACAGCAUGAACGACCAAACGGCAAUAGCGACAGCACUGGCGUUGGGCUUCUCGGAAUCUUGGGACCAACAUACCGCCACAGGCAACACCCAUAUCAAAGGUGCGCAGGCACUUGUGAAGCGCGCCCUCGAUCAACACCGUGAACGACCUCUUCACGGCGCUGAUCUGAAGCGGUUGAAGUUCUUGUGUAAUGCUUGGGUGUACAUGGAUGUCAUUGCACGCUUGACAUCCGUGGACAGCGAUGAGUCGAACGACUUUGAUAGGACCUUUCUCUUCGAACCGAACGCUUCACGCCUUGUGAUGGGCCAUGGCCAGACCAGAAAUCGAGGUUUUGGUAUCGACUUUGGCAUGGAAAUUGAUGCUCGCCUGGAUCCGUUGAUGGGUUGCGCGGGCACUCUAUUCCCGCUCAUCGGCCGUGUAGCGAAUCUCGUUCGCAAGGUGUGCAGGUCGCAGACCAACAAUCCUUGGAUCGUGAGUCUAGCUCGCGACCUGAAGAUCAUGCUUGACGAGUGGGAUCCGCCAGAGGAGAUUGAAUGCCCAGAGGAUCCGACUACCGGCGUGCAGCAUACUUUGCAGACCGGAGAGGCGUAUCGUUGGGCAACUUUGCUUCAUCUGCACCAAGCCGUUCCAGAACUGCCUUCGAUGACUUCCGCAGAGUUCGCACAGAAAGUGCUGGCCUGCCUUGCCACCGUGCCGGUCAUGAGCAGGACCAUCAUCGUCCAAAUCUACCCGCUUAUGGUAGCAGGCUGUGAAGCCGCCGACCCAGACGACAGGCAAUGGGUGCGCGAGCGCUGGCACGCCAUGAUGGACCGCAUGCGCAUCGGUGUCAUCGAGAAGUGCCUGACUGUGACGGAGGAAGUCUGGCGACGAAAGGACGUCUACGAAGCCAAACCUGUCACGCACCGCAAACUCGUCAAGACGGCGGAUCUCAACCCAGCUCGACGAAGAGGUGUUCCCCUCCCACGCCGGUCGACAGACUCCCCUGACAACAACGAAAUCGGCCGAACCGGUAUCGUGUUUAGCUACAUCGAUACCGACAGCGAGCCGAUGGCAGCGACCUUGAAGGACGUGAGGGGUCCAGAUCCGGAUUUACAGCGCUGGAGACGGGACUCUAGCGAUCGCGUCACUGUCGAUCCUGCAUAUUCCGUCCGGGGCCAUCUGCAUUGGGUGGGCGUGAUGUGGGAUUGGGCUUGGGAAGUCACAAUGGGCUCCAACGAAACCCCCAUCGCCAUGACCUACUACCCCAAAGCGCAAGAGACGAAACCCCCGCUCAUAGCCAACGAAAACGCCUUCCUGGGCGACGUCUCGUCGAGCGAGAAGAAUGAUCCCAAAGCGCCCAUUUCCGCGGGGUUUUAUCGUUUGGAGAAAGGCACACCACUCGUGUAUAAGUAUACCUAUCAUGAGAUGAAGAUUAUUUUGGAGGGCAGUUUCCAGAUCAGUGAUGAGACGGGUAAGACGGUGACGGGGACGAAGGGGGAUGUGUUCUAUUUCCCGGCUGGGUGUACGAUUACGUUUACGACGGAGGAUUAUGGGUUGGCGUUUUAUACGGGGCAGAGGAAGGAGGGCGGUGCUUGA